GUGUGUGUUACUCAUUCCUUCAGUGCCUGAGAGAAAGCAACAUCAAAAAUGAAGACCUUGGUGGUGGCCUUGAUUCUUAUGGUGGCUUUGGCUAUUUUUGCUGAUGCCUCUCCAACUCUGCCUGAGAAACAAGCCAAACAGGUCUUAAGAGCCAAGCGAUCAGAAAGAGAAAGAAAAGCUGGACAUCGCGAUGAGCCAAUGAGGGAGUAUCUGCUCUACCUUCAGCGCCUGGAACAGAGAUCCGAGGAGCAGUUCUUUGAACACUGGUGGAAUCCUCAUUGCCAGCCUCACUGCAAUCGCAACAUUGUCAACCCUGUCUAAUUUACUUUGGAAAAGGGCAUCGAUUUGGACGAAGAAAAUGAGGAUGUGAAAUGAGAAGAAGAAAUCUGCCUCCAUAUUUAAAUUACACUAAAUAACAUAAACCAACUAAAUAUUCUAACACGUGUUAUUCAACAGCUGCGUUAGUACUAAUCACAAUAGAACAGUGCAUGGGACUAGCCGAGUAGGGUCUCACUAUAUUUUAUGGUAACGACUGAAAGUGGGCCACUCUAUAGCAAACAGACCAGUAAGGGUAAUUAGACCUGGAGCAAACUUUGUAGUUGUUAUUUCAUUGUCCCAAUAGCUAAAUAUUCUCCCUCUCUAUGUUAAUAUAGAAGUUAAAUUACCAUAAUAAAAAAGGACUAUUAUGCACCUUUUGCAGCUCCAACUGUUUUUGACUUAUGAACCCCAUGCAAUGUGUGUGCUUGGACCCCUCAUUGCAUUCAAACAUCUAUUCUUACUCCCACCCACUUUUUUCCUUGUCUCCUCUUCCCAUAGCGAUGCAAUUUACAAUACAGUGCUGAAAGAUCUAUUUAUGCCCAUGAGGCUACCUCAAUGACAAUUUCCCGGUAGAAAGUGUAACCUUUGCACCCUGGGGUUACUCCCUAUGAUGCUUGUUAAACUUCCAAUUUUUGCACAUAUAAUAUACUAUAAUAGAUAUACUUUUAUACAAAACUAAUAUUGUUUACCAUGAGUAUAGUAGGGCUUAUCUAAAGUGCUGUACUUCCAAUCAGCAAUGAACUUUGAUUUUUCUAAUGCAGUUAGAAUAAUAAUGGUAAAUUGCCAAUAGGUUUCUGCAUUCUGUACACAAAGGUGCACCUAGGGUCAAAACAAAACACAAAGAUACAGUAUAUUUUAUACUUUUACAAAUAAAAAGAAUGUCCAUGCACAAAGAAAAAAAAGGCACAGACUGGAUAAAUCUAAUUUCCCAUUAGAGUGUGUCCCUUGCCUAACAAGCUAUUUAAUCUUACAUAUAAAUAUAUAUAUCUAUCUUACAUAUAUCCACAUAUAUAUAUAUCUAUAUGAAAUAUUUCUUAUACUGAGAUAAAAGUAAAUGGUAUCAUUUGAAUGUUUGCUUUUUUGGCACGUGUAAAAUGUGAAAAUAAAAGAUAGCAGACU